UAUUCGAAACCUCUUAUCGUUUGAUAAGAAGACACAUGUCUUUGUGAUUUUCAUUUUUAUCUUAUAUGCAGAAUGUCAUAUUUAAAAGGAUUUCUUUUUUUCUCGUGUAUUGUUUAUGCAGUUAACUCCCAAGGGUGUCGUGAUGGCUGGCUUCACCAUGGAAACUCAUGUUACGCAUUCAUUGAUGCCGAACCCGACGGAUGGAUUGAAGCCAUGUUCUAUUGCAGUUCAGUCGGAGCGAAAUUGGUUGAAAUAGAAACUGAAUCAGAAAAUAAUUUUCUGAAAAGGCAUUUACAGACAACUGGAGCCACAAAAAAUUACUGGAUUGGGCUCUCUGACGCUAUAAAAGAAGGAAAGUUUGUUUGGCAGACGACACAGGACAAUGUGGACUACACGGAUUGGGCGCCGGGCGAACCUAAUGACGACCACCACACGGAGGACUGCGCGGAACUCUUCCAGCCAUUCAGUUUCCAUUGGAACGACGCUCCUUGUAGUGUCAAGAGCAACUUUAUUUGUGAGAAAACGUGA